AUGGCUCCCUUCGCCACCAUCUACACUUAUCCCAACAACAUCCGCGUUCAGCGCGCCCAAGCAGUAGCCAAACUCAACAAUCUCGAAGUCCUCGAAGACAACGACUUCCAGCUCGGCAACCCCUCCGACCCCAAAUGGGCCUCCAUCCUCUCCAAGUUCCCCCUCGGCAAGGUCCCCGCCCUUUCCACCGCCGACGGCUCCCUCAACCUUACGGAGGGGCAAGCCAUCGUGCGCUUCCUCGCCGAGUCCGGCCCCAAGGCCGACCAGCUCCUGGGCCGCACCGUGACCGACCGCGCGCUGAUCGAGCAGUGGGCUUGCUUCGCUGAGCAAGAGCUCAUGGCUAACUUGAUCCCGCCUAUGCUCAUGAUUCAUCGUCCGGAUCUGGUGCCCUACGGCAAGGAGGGGUAUGAUUCGUUUGCGAGCAAGUUUGAGCGGGCUGUGAAGUUUGUUGAGAAGUCGCUUGAGGGUGGAAAGAGGUUUUUGGUCGGGGAGGAGGUCACGGUGGCGGAUAUCAUGGUUGCUGGACCGCUGAUUUUGGCUAGCAAGUUGCUUUUGGAUGCCGAGAUGAAGAAGAACAGUGCGCCUAGUGUUGAGGGCUAUCUUAGGGGCCUUUUGGAGGUUCCUGAGCUGAAGGAGGCUUUUGGGGGUUGGUUACUGUCCAGGAGAGGGUGCGUGGUAAGGCUGAGUAAAGUCCAAGGAUGGGUUGAUGAUGAUACCAUAGGAUAG